GCGCGGGAAGUGAAGGUGGAGUGUAAACAAAACGUCAGACGUAUCUGGGCAGUUCUGAGAGGUGUUGUGUUAGUGUUCACGCUAGGUUUGUUGAGGUGGAGUUGAAAGAAAAUACUUUUAAAAUGGAUAAACGCCAAAGUUCAUCAAAUGUAAAUAAUUCGUCAGCAGCAAAGAAGCUUAGGAGUGAUGAGGAAGAUGAUAUGGAUUUGGAAGAUGGUUUACUGGAUGAUGUGGAUUUUAAUGAGGAAGUGACUGAACAGCAAAGUGAAGAUAUGCAGGGUGUUGAUUUCGUGGAUGAUGGCAGCGCCGACAGUUGCUGGGCUCGGCCGCCAUGUCCUCAGCUAAAUCCCCAGGAAGAAUCACUUGUGUUCCAGCAAAUUGAUAUUGAUCAUUACAUUGGAAACCCCAUUGAAGGCAUGCCGGGGCAGCAAGCUGGCAGAGUUCCAGUAAUGCGGAUGUUUGGCAUUAAUGAUGCUGGGAACUCCAUCUGUUGUCAUGUACAUGGAUUCUCGCCAUACCUCUAUGUUACCUGUCCACCAACAUUUAAUGAGUCUCAUUUGGGAGAAUUCAAGAAUACCCUCAAUAGUGUUUUGCUUAAUGACAUGAGGUCAAACAAGGAGAAAAUAACAGAUGCUGUGUUAGCUGUUGACAUAACUAAGAAAGAGAGUAUAUAUGGCUAUCAUGAGAACAGGAAAGUGCCAUUCUUGAAAAUAACAGUUGCUCUUCCAAGAUUGAUUGCUGCUGCAAAGCGACUUCUUGGAGAGGGAAAAGUUUAUAUGUCAAGCAUUGGCACCCCUAUAUAUGAAGCAUAUGAAUCUAAUAUUGAUUUUGAAAUAAGAUUUAUGGUAGACACUCAUCUAGUAGGAUGUUGUUGGGUUGAACUUCCAGCCAAAACUUGGAGUAUCAGGAAAGAUAAGCUUGAGACUCGCUGUCAGCUUGAGGUGGACAUUGCCUGGAAUAAAUUUAUAGUUCAUGAACCAGAAGGAGACUGGGCAAGAUUAGCACCUUUCAGAAUUCUCUCGUUUGAUAUUGAAUGUGCUGGACGCAAAGGUGUAUUUCCAGAGCCCGAUAAGGACCCUGUGAUUCAGAUUGGCAACAUGGUGCAACGUCAGGGCGAAGCAGAACCUUUUUUACGCACUAUCUUCACCUUGGAGCAGUGUGCCCCUAUUCUGGGUGCCAAGGUUAAGUCUUAUAACAAGGAAAAAGAAAUGUUGGAGGAAUGGGCAAAGUUCUUACGAGAAGUAGAUCCGGACAUCAUCACAGGCUACAACAUCAACAAUUUUGAUUUCCCAUAUUUGAUAAACAGGGCAAAUCAUCUUAAAUCACAAAUGUUCUCCUUCCUCGGCAGAAUAAAAUCUAUUAGGUCAGUAAUAAAGGACUCGGUGCUGCAGAGUAGACAGAUGGGCCGACGUGAGAACAAGUCUAUCAACAUUGAAGGACGAUGCCAAUUUGAUCUCUUAAUGGUUCUAGUGCGAGACUACAAGCUGAGAUCAUAUACAUUAAAUGCUGUUUCAUUUCACUUCCUACAAGAACAAAAGGAAGAUGUUCAUCACUCUAUCAUUUCUGAUCUACAAAAUGGAAACCCACAGACACGUAGAAGAUUAGCUGUUUAUUGCUUGAAAGAUGCCCUCCUUCCUAUACGUCUGCUGGACAAGCUGAUGUGUAUCAUCAACUAUAUUGAGAUGGCGCGCGUGACUGGUGUACCAUUGUCAUAUCUUCUUACUCGUGGGCAGCAGAUCAAGGUUAUGUCACAAUUGCUCAGAAAGGCAGUUGAACAAGAUUUGGUUCUGCCAGUACACAGAGGUGUGGGAGAAGAUGAGUUUGAAGGUGCUACUGUGAUAGAGCCACGCAAAGGCUACUAUGAUGUCCCAAUAGCAACCUUGGAUUUCUCCUCCCUGUAUCCAUCUAUUAUGAUGGCUCACAACUUGUGCUAUACUACAUUGUUGUCUGGACCUCAGAAGGCUCAGGAAUUUAAUCUUACAGAAGAAGAAUAUAUCAAAACUCCUUCUGGUAAUUAUUUUGUGAAGGCAACAAAACGUAAGGGCCUUCUACCUGAAAUUCUUGAGUCACUUUUAGCAGCUAGGAAAAAAGCUAAAAAUGAUCUUAAGAAGGAGACUGAUCCAUUGAGAAUGAAGGUGCUAGAUGGUCGUCAGUUGGCUCUGAAAAUAUCUGCUAACUCUGUUUAUGGGUUCACAGGUGCUCAGGCUGGCAAGUUGCCUUGUUUGGAGAUCUCUCAGAGCGUGACUGCUUUUGGACGGACAAUGAUUGCCUUCACAAAAGAUCAGGUUGAAGAAAAAUAUACAACUGAAAAUGGAUAUGAGCACAAAGCUGAGGUUAUAUAUGGAGAUACAGACUCCGUUAUGGUGAAGUUUGGUGUACAAACUGUAGCGGAAGCCAUGGAAUUAGGGAAGGAAGCUGCCAUGUACGUCACAGAUAAAUUUAUUAAGCCCAUUAAACUGGAAUUUGAGAAGGUGUACUUCCCAUACCUGCUGAUCAACAAAAAACGUUAUGCUGGGCUUUAUUUUACCAGCGCAGAAAAACAUGACAAGAUGGACUGUAAGGGAAUCGAGACAGUGAGGCGAGACAACUCUCCCAUUGUGGCAAAUCUCAUCAACACUUGUCUACAAAAAAUCCUUAUUGAAAGAAAUCCACUAGGAGCUGUAGAUUAUGCUAAGCAAACAAUAUCGGACUUGCUCUGCAAUCGUAUUGAUAUAUCACAACUAGUCAUAACCAAAGAAUUAACUAAGACGGAAAAGGAGUAUGCUGCUAAACAAGCCCACGUGGAACUAGCAAAUAAAAUGAAGAAACGAGACCCAGGCACUGCCCCUAAGCUUGGUGACAGGGUUCCUUUUGUCAUUGUUGCUGGCGCUAAGGGCACACCUGCAUAUGAAAAAGCUGAGGAUCCUAUAUAUGUGCUGGAGAACAGUCUGCCUAUUGAUUAUGAAUACUACCUAACAAAUCAACUCAGCAAGCCGUUGUUGAGAAUCUUUGAGCCUAUCCUUGGGGAUAAGGCUGAAUCGCAACUGCUUAAGGGUGACCACACGCGAUCAAGAAUCAUUACACACAGCAAAGUGGGUGCAUUGGCAAAGUUCAUCACCAGAAAGGCAUCAUGCGUGGGUUGCAAAGUUCCUAUUGACUCUGCAUCUGAGGCACUCUGUAAACACUGCAAGCUUCGGGAGAGUGAGAUAUAUAUGCAGCAGAUGAGCGUUCUGGGUGCUCUAGAGGAGAAGUUUUCAAGAUUAUGGACUCAGUGUCAACGCUGCCAAGGAUCUAUUCAUGAAGAAGUUAUCUGUACCAGUCGAGACUGUCCCAUAUUCUAUAUGAGAAAGAAAGUGCAAAUAGAGUUGGUUGAUCAAGAUAAAGUUCUAGAGAGGUUUGGGGCUCCUGCUUGGUAAUUAUAGGUUUUAACAUGUAAUAAUAAAAACUAUCAACAGUCCUGCCUACAUAACCAUUAAAUAGUGUGAGAUGUGUUUGUUGGUUGGCCGUACAGUAAGAUAAUGUUUAAUACAAUGGAAAGAGCUGACUUCAUGAUUUAUAGAUGAAGCAAAGAUAUUUGUAAAAAACAAUUAAUUUGUUAAUUUGUAUGUUUUAUAUAUAAAUGUUAACAAAAAGAA